AUGGAUAGUUUAACGAAAUUUAUUCGCACUCAUAUACUGUUAUUCGGGUUUCUCUGUUUAAUCUCUUUUCAUGCUGAGGCAGCCGUUAAGAAAUAUCAGUUUGAUAUUCAAGUGAAGAAUGUGAGUCGAUUGUGCCAUGCGAAGCCUAUUGUUACUGUUAAUGGGAGAUUUCCGGGGCCAACAAUCUAUGCUAGAGAAGGAGAUAGAGUUCUUGUCAAUGUAACGAACCAUGCGCAGUAUAACAUGUCCAUCCACUGGCACGGAUUGAAGCAAUAUCGAAAUGGCUGGGCCGAUGGACCGGCUUAUAUUACCCAAUGUCCAAUUCAGACAGGAAAUAGCUAUGUAUAUGACUUCAAUGUAACAGGGCAAAGAGGUACAUUGUGGUGGCAUGCACACAUUUUCUGGCUAAGGGCCACCGUUUAUGGGGCUAUUGUGAUCACGCCGAAACAAGGGACUCCAUUUCCUUUCCCACGACCCGCUAGAGAAGAAGUGAUUUUGUUAGGAGAAUGGUGGAAUGCAGAUGUUGAGGAGGUGGAGAAGCAGGGAAAUAACUUGGGCUUACCUCCGAAUAUGUCGGACGCACAUACAAUCAACGGAAAGCCCGGGCCACUUUUUCCGUGUUCUGAAAAACAUACUUUUGCUAUGGAAGUUGAACAAGGGAAGACGUAUCUCUUGAGAAUCAUAAACUCUGCCCUCAACGACGAUCUUUUCUUUGCCAUUGACAAUCACUGUAUGACAGUAGUCGAGAUUGAUGCAGUAUACACCAAGCCAUUUUCAACCCAAUCUCUUCUAAUUGCCCCUGGACAAACAACAAAUGUUCUUGUUCGAGCCAAUCAAAUUCCCGGACGUUAUUUCAUGGCUGCGCGGCCUUUCAUGGACGUCCCAAUCCCUGUCGACAAUAAAACAGCGACAGCCAUAUUCCAGUACAAAGGCAUCCCAAAUACUGUAAUUCCUAAAUUUCCCAACUUGCCUGCACCUAAUGAUUCUGCAUUUGCAUUGAGUUAUGAAGACAAACUCAAGAGCCUAAAUUCUGCACAAUAUCCCGCGAAUGUUCCACUGAAAGUCGACAGAAAUCUGUUUUACACAAUUGGUUUAGGAAGGAAUUCUUGUCCCUCUUGUGUUAAUGGAACCAGAUUAACAGCCUCUUUGAACAAUAUCUCGUUUGUUAUGCCCCAAGUCGGGCUCCUCCAGGCUCAUUAUUUUGACAUUAAAGGGGUUUUUAAAACUGAUUUUCCUGACAAGCCUCCUACUCCUUUCAAUUAUACCGGUGCGCCACUUACGGCCAAUCUUAGGACUGCCCGAGGAACAAGAAUCAGCAAGAUUCCCUUCAACUCGACUGUUGAAUUGGUGCUGCAAGAUACGAAUUUGCUAUCAGUUGAAUCGCAUCCAUUCCAUCUUCAUGGAUAUAACUUCUUUGUUGUAGGAACUGGUAUUGGAAACUUUAAUCCGGCAAAAGAUCGGGCUAAAUAUAACUUGGUUGAUCCACCUGAAAGAAACACAGUGGGAGUCCCCACUGGUGGUUGGACUGCCAUUCGGUUUAGAGCUGAUAAUCCAGGGGUGUGGUUCUUUCACUGUCAUUUGGAGCUCCAUACCGGCUGGGGAUUAAAGACGGCGUUUUUGGUGGAGGAUGGACCGGGAUCAGAUCAAACUGUCUUGCCUCCCCCAAAGGAUCUUCCACCGUGCUAG